GCACAGAUUGAAGAGAGGGCGGGUCUCAGUCAACCUGCCACUCCCCGCUCAGGCCUCCGCGGGAGCGCGCAUCCGCUCCUGCGCGCUGUCACGCUUCACAACCGACAGGCACGAAAAUUCCAGGGAGGAAGUCACUGAGAUUCAGAGACGGACGACAACUAAAAGAAGAAAAAAACCACCAAAAAACAGGAGAAGUGGCGGGGGGGCGGCGGCGGAGAGAAAGGGACCGGGACCAGUCGUCCUCGGGAACGGGAGAGAAGGGAACUCGGAACCGGGACAUGGACUAAAGGCGCCGGGCCGCAGCAGAUGGAGGCGGCGAGAAGUUUGGUGCUGGUCGGGGCCGCGCUGCUGGCGGCGACGGGCGCGUUGGGGAGAGAAGUGUGCCUGGGGACAGACAUGAAGCUGACCCUUCCCUCCAGCCUGGAAAACCACUACGAGACCCUGAAGCUGCUCUACACCGGCUGCAAGGUCGUCCACGGCCACCUGGAGAUCACCCACCUUCAUGGGGACCUCGACCUCUCCUUCCUAAAGGGGAUCGUGGAGGUCCAGGGCUACGUGCUCGUGGCUCAUGUGUCCGUGAGCCUGUUGCCUUUGGACAACCUUCGGAUCAUAAGGGGCAGCCAGCUGUACGACUCCAGCUACGCCCUGGCCGUGCUGGAUAACACCCUGGGCGGACGGGGGCUCAGGACGCUGCGGCUUCGCAGCCUCUCCGAGAUCCUGUUGGGUGCCGUGUUCAUUUGGGGGAACCCCCAGCUGUGCUUCCCAGACCCCCAGAACAUUGUUUGGAGGGAUACUUUGGACGAGAAGAACGACCACGCCGGGAAGCACCGGCUGCAGCCGCGGGCCAAUAACUGUCCAAAUUGUCCCACCGUAUGUGGGUCGAGCUGCUGGGGAGAAACCGCACAGGACUGCCAGAGCCUGACCCGCAUUAAAUGCGCGUCCGGCUGUCAGCGGUGUAAAGGCCCCAAUCCUCACGACUGCUGCCACAUGCAGUGUGCCGCUGGCUGCACGGGACCCAAAGACCUGGACUGCCUGGCCUGCCGGCACUUCAACGACAGCGGCGUGUGUAAGGAGAACUGCCCCCCCCCAACGAUCUACGACACCGUCACCUUUCAGACCAAAAUCAACCCGAACAGGAAGUUCAACUUUGGCGCCACCUGCGUCAAGACGUGUCCUUAUAACUAUCUGGCCAUGGAGGUGGCUUGCACUUUGAAUUGUCCCAAAGCCAACCAGGAAGUCGUCGUCAAGAACCCUGAUGGAAAUGAGAUGCAGAAAUGUGAAAAGUGUGAAGGGGACUGUCCGAAAGUGUGCUACGGCCUGGGCACGGACAACCAGGGAGUCAUUGACAACCAGGGCAUCACCAUGGUAACGUCCACUAAUGUGGAGCAGUUUAACAACUGUAAGAAGAUUUUCGGUAGUCUGGCCUUCCUCCCUCAGAGCUUUGAAAGUGACCCUUUGAGCAACACAUCUGGUCUGACCCUCGAGCACCUGAGCAGCUUCAAGAAACUGGAGGAGAUAACCGGUUAUUUGUACAUCGAGGCCUGGCCGGAGGAGUGGAGCAACCUGAGUGUGUUUGAGAGCCUGAAGGUGAUCCGAGGCAGGAUGCUCUACAAGGGCGUGUUUUCGCUGGCCGUCCAGAAUCUCCACAUCCGGUCUCUCGGGUUGCGCUCCCUGCGCAGCGUCAGUGGGGGUUUGGUCCUGUUGCACAACAAUUCCCGGCUGUGCUACACCGGUUCACUGCCCUGGGACAGCCUGCUCCACCCCACCGAGGGGCCUCACCGCAUCGUCAGCCGCAACCAGGACGCCCAACUCUGUGAGGAAGAGGGGCGUGUUUGUCACCCCCUGUGCAAGGGGGGCUGCUGGGGGCCGGGGCCCAGCCAGUGUGUGUCCUGCAGUGCUUUCCAACGUGGCAUUGAGUGCGUGCAGCAGUGUGACAUCAACCAGGGGUCGACCCGUGAAUACACAGACGGAUCCUUGUGCGUCGCCUGUCACGCAGAGUGUCGACCGCUCAAUGGCUCCGCCUCCUGUCACGGCCCGGGGGCGGAUCACUGCUCCGAGUGUCGCCUCUUCCAGGACGGCGAGUUUUGCGUGGACCACUGUCCCAGCGGCGUGAAGGAGGAUCAGCAAACCGUGUGGAAGUACAGCAACGCCACGGGCCACUGCCUGCCCUGCAACACCAACUGCACGCUGUCCUGCACCCUUAAGGACGAGAGAGGCUGCCCCGUGGACACCAGGACCGGACCGGGCACGACAAUCGCGGCCGCGGUGGGUGGGGUGGUGCUCGUCUUCAUCCUGCUCGCCCUACUGGUCUUCUACCUGCGGCGGCAGAAGAUUCUCAGGGAGAAGGAGGCCAUGAGGAGGAUCCUGCAGGAACACGAGCUCGUGGAGCCUCUGACACCCAGCGGCGCGUCGCCCAAUCAGGCUCAGAUGCGCAUCCUGAAGGAGACGGAGUUGAAGAAACUCCGGGUGCUGGGCGCAGGCGCCUUCGGUACCGUUUACAAGGGAGUGUGGGCUCCUGAUGGGGAAAACGUGAAAAUACCGGUGGCCAUUAAGGUGUUACGAGAGAACACCUCGCCAAAGGCCAACAAAGAGAUCCUCGAUGAGGCCUACGUGAUGGCCGGCGUGGCCAGCCCCUACGUGUGCCGGCUGCUGGGGAUUUGUCUGACCUCCACGGUGCAGCUGGUCACUCAGCUCAUGCCGUACGGCUGCCUCCUGGACUACGUCCGGGAGAACAAGGACCGCAUCGGCUCCCAGUUCCUCCUCAACUGGUGUGUCCAGAUCGCCAAGGGGAUGAGUUAUCUGGAGGACGUCCGGCUGGUCCACAGGGAUUUGGCGGCCCGCAACGUUCUGGUGAAGAACCCGAACCACGUGAAGAUCACCGACUUCGGUCUGGCCCGUCUGCUCGACAUCGACGAGACCGAGUAUCACGCUGACGGAGGGAAGGUUCCAAUCAAGUGGAUGGCGCUGGAGUCCAUUCUGCACAGGAAGUUCACCCAUCAGAGCGACGUCUGGAGCUACGGCGUGACGGUCUGGGAGCUGAUGACGUUCGGGGCCAAACCCUACGACAUGAUCCCAGCCAGAGAGAUCCCGGACGUCUUGGAGGAAGGAGAACGCCUCCCACAGCCCCUCAUCUGCACCAUCGACGUCUACAUGAUCAUGGUCAAAUGUUGGAUGAUCGACCCGGACAGCAGGCCGCGGUUCAAAGACCUUGUCAGCGAUUUUAGUGCAAUGGCGAGAGAUCCUCCUCGCUAUGUCGUCAUCCAAAACGACGAGCAGAUGAGCAUGUCCAACCCGGUGGACAGCCAGUUCUUCCGGAUGCUCCUGGAGGAGGAAGGGAACAACAUGAGGGAGCUGCUGGAUGCUGAGGAGUACCUGGUGCCUCAGACAAACCCCUUCUCUAGGACUCAGGCGGACGGGGCUUCGGGGACCCUCGGGCCCUCCAGACACCAGUCGCACCGGCAGAGCAGAGAUCAGGGUCUGGACGCCGAGCCCUCGGCCCCCGGCGGCCCCCGCAGCAUGUACUCCUCCCUGAGCACCCUCGGGCGCAGCCAGUACGCCACCUUACCGCUCGGGUCCUGCGGCGCCAACGGCGUGUGGAUCCCUCAGUACCCGACUCUGGAUCGCAGCCCCUCGACGGGGGGCCAGUCCGACUCGGUCUUCCUGGACGGGCCGCCGGACGACGCCUCGCUGCCCCCGGCCAGCCCCGGGCCCUACUGCAGGGACCCCGUCUACUCCAACAGCAGCCUGGGCGAGGUGGAGCCGGACGGGCCGAGCGGCUUCCCCCCCCCGCAUCUCCUUCACCACUCGCUGCCCCGGCGGACUCACGGGCAGGUCCAGAGUCACGGCUUGCCGGAAUACGUCAACCAGGAGAUCCGGGACCCCAGGCCGGGGGUCGCCGAGCGGCCCAGCACGCUGCCCCGCAAGGGCUCCCGGGCCGACCGGCGGCCCCCCAACGGCCUCUGCUCCGGCCUCAGCGUGGAGAUCCCGAGGGGCGUCACCUCGCCGGCCUUCGACAACCCGUACUACCUGGACCUCGUGGCCAAAGCCAACGCCGUGGCGGGGGCGGCGGCCGAAGGCCCCGAGGCACUGGAGAGAGACGGGAGGGGGCCCCCCAGGCACGUCAACGGGUUCGUGACCCCCACUGCGGAGAACCCGGAGUACCUGGGACUAGCGGAAACUUGGAGCGGAUACACUUGAGGGGGGGGGAGGAAGGGGGGGAGGACGCGAUGGACUCGAGAGGAGUCUCAGCCCGCGCCGUACUGAGGGACGGGGACGGCGGAUAUUUGUGGCAAAAGACGAGCCCGCGUCUCAUUGGGGUCGGGGGUCGUUCUCCGAUCCUUCUACAGAGGCCCGGGGGACAUUUGUCUGGUGUCCCUGGCUGUCUUUCUCUCUGCAACACUUCACUGGAUUAAUGAAUGCUGAGUGUGUGCUUUUUUUUUCUUCUUUUUUUAAAUGUCCAUUGGACCUGUUCAACAGGGUCGUUGUUGCUACACACGAAGCCGUUUGUGUACGUCCUCCGGUUCCCUCGUCGCUGUUCGCUGAGCGGAGGAGAAAAACGCCGAGAAAGUGAGCCCUGGUACGUAUUGAAGGUGGCGUUUGGUAUUCUGGUCACUCCGUCUCUGACCUGAUGGGGGUCUUCGACACACUCAAAGCCAUUUUGUUCUGAGAAAGGGCCCCGCAGCCCAUCUGGCCCCGUGGACAUGCUCCCUGAAAGAAAGGCGUCCUGUGUGGAGAAGACAGAGGCUUUGUGCCGCCCUGAUGUACGUUCCUCUCUGCAGCCACUUUGUGGAACAGCAGAUGAGGCGUCGCCUCGAAGCCGCUAGAUAUCUGAAAAAUGUGGAUUUUUGUUUUAAAGACCGAAUGUAUGUUUCGCUAAGUCAGAGCCAACGAUUCAGGGAUUUGAAAUGUGUCGAACAAUUAAGGAAGCUCUCGUGCAUUUUGAGUAAUGCACAGUGCAUUGGACCCUUGGCCUUUCACUGUGCAAAAAGCAACACAAGCUACUGGCGAGUGUAUUCCCCGGGGAGUAAAGAACGUUUGCUCCCAUUUCAAAGAACAAAAGCGCCCUUCUGCAGCACACUCUCAGCUGAAUGUGAAAGCGAGGAGCCCCCCCCCCCCCCCCCCGAAACAAUCAGUUUGGGAUAAUCAAUGCAUAGCUGGAAUUCCACUGCGCGAGAAGCCCCGGCGUCCCAGUUAAUAAUCGACGGCGUUUCUGUUUUCAUGUCAACUGGUGUCGGGGCAUCUGGGGGGGAGGAGGAGGAGGUCAACACUCGAGUCAAUGGAGGCUUUGUGUCCGCGUGGGAGAGAGGCGUCGCUCGCACUGACGUGGCCUCGAGCCGAGAGUCGUUUCCUCCUGCAGCUCGACGCGGAGGGAGCGAGGCUCGAGGAUCCCGGGGAGACGCUCGCUUUCUAUUCCGAAGGUCCUCGUCCCCUUUGUCGCGAUGUGGUCAUACGGGGUUUUUUUUGGAAGAUUUCUGUUCCAGAGAAUCUGGAAUCUCCAAAGGUUUAACCGGAUUUUAUGUAAUAAUGAAAGAAAAACAACAUGAUCACAUGUUUCUCAUUUGAAUACCCUCGACUGUCAAUUCUAACAUUAUUUAGAAGAUGUUAUUGAGUGAUGGGACUCACAUAACUGUAUAAAGAAUAUACUGUAUAGUACUUUGGGAAUGAAACGCUUCACAUAUAUUGUUGCUACACCUCACAUCUCCCCCAAUGCAAGUAAAGAUGAAUGAUACAAAACGUUCCUAAAAUGUAUGUUUUGCAUUGGUUCUGUUGUUGCUCUUGAAUUGAACUUUUAAAGGUACGACCUCUGACUUUUUCUCUACUACCUAAUGGAAGUUCCAUUUUUAAAACGUCACGCGUAAGGGUUUCACUUUGUUGGUAAUUUUUAAAUAUCUUCACCCGUCCCCUCUGCUGGAGACACGAGGUCAGAGCACAGCUCACGCAGGUGAGGAUGAGAUUAUGAAACCUAUACAAUCACUAAUAAGGCUGUUUACAAAAGCGAUGUUUUCGGCCGCUGUGUGUCCUUUCUCUAGGUGAUUUUCAUACACGUCUGGUUGUCGGUUUACAGUAACACCUGAAAUCUUGUUGAAAUGAAUGAAGCGUGAUCGGCUUUCUGGCUUAAAAGUUAAGUUGUGGCGAAAUAAGGAGAUUGAGUUGAAGCCCAAGUCGAAUGAAAGGUGUGUAAAAAAUAAUCUCUCAAAUGAGACUGAAGCGAGAAACGCUGCGUUUUUAAUCCACAAAUAAGCCCAAUUUAACUGACUAAACUGCUGAAGGUUUUAUAGAAUUAAUUAUCUGUAAUUUAAGUUUUGAAGAAAAGUGUCUUUUGUACAUGUGAAUAUUUGUGUGAUUGUGACAGGACAUGAAUAAUAAUGACCAUUUUAUUGGGAGAUUUUUAUGCCUUUAUGCCUUUUUCCCACCUCAUUUGUUUAAAGUCCCAUAUUGUAAAUGUGUAGCGUAUAUACAUGUAUGAAUAAAACACAAUCAUGGUAGCUAGUUUGAUUGAACACAUUGGGACACGUUGCUCUUCUGUUGAGGGAGGUGGAAGAAAAUGUUUUAUGAAGAAAUGGCUAUUUUAUAUGGAAUUAUUUGUAAAUGUUGUGUGUCUCAUUAAAAGCAUAUAACAACA